ACGCCGCUUUAUAUUAUGCUUUAUAGUUAGCUUGCAAUGUAAUUUUUAGCCAUAAAACGGCUAAAUUGCCACUGCUGCGCGUAGCGUCGGCAGCGGUGAUUGGCGCAGUCGCAAUCGAAUCAGAGGAGCUGUCGACGCCGUCGCCGUCGACGUCUCUGUCGCUGUCGCUGUCAUUGUUGCCGUCGCUGUCGACGACGCCGUCGUCAGUUUGCUUUGAACACUCGUACGUGAAAGUUGACGCUGCGUCUGCGACGGUGUCUUGAAAAAAGCUUUGCCAAAACAAUUUUGAAAGCGCAAGCGUGCAACGGUUUUUUGUCUAUCGUUUCGUACCAGCUACGAUUUGUUUUUGUUAUCAUUUUUUGUUGUUGUUCGAAGUGAAGUGAAAAGCAUAUAAAUUUUGUGAAUAUUUUAUAAAGUUGUUGGCGAGUUUAUUUAUUUUUUUUUUCAUAUUUACACAUAUUUUGUUUUGGUGUUUUUUUGUAAACUUUUUCGAUUUGUGCAAUUUUGCUGAAAGCUAACAAAAAUAUGCAGCAACAUUAAUAAAGGCAACCGCAAGACAACAAAAGUCAACAACAAUUACGAGUACGAGUACGAGUACUCGUUGCAGGCAAUACGAUCAGAGGAAGAGCUGAAGGUGGCAAGAGUGGACGUUGAGGAUGUCUGGUGCUACACACAUGGCUCUGCCGGCGCAUGCCGUGGUGCCUGGGUGCAUGGGUCCAGCACCUGGUUCAGCAGCAGCUCCGUCGGCUCCCUCGGCUGCCCCGCCUGCCAUUGGCCUGCCAUUGGGGAAGCGGGGACACAAGCGUUCCGUGUCGCUGGAGAAUAAUGCGCCGCUGGCGUUGCGCAGUACGCCGAGUCUGGGCAGCAUGGGGCAGACAGCAUUGGGAUCACCGCUGUUGCAAGUGCCGACCACACAUGGAGGACUGCAUACCGGCACACUGAAGUCACGCCAGGAGCAGCGACGUCUCAGUCAGAAGUUUGGCAGUCACAGCAAUCUGGAUGAGGAUGCAAUCACGGCGCCACAAAUGCGCAGCAAGUUCCAAAACAUUCGGCAAAUGUUCGAGCUGAGCCGCAGCUGUGUGGCCAGUGCCGGGGAGCUGGGCGAUAGCAAGGGGGCCGAGGAGGCGCUGCAAUCGCUGCCGGCAAUGCUCAACGGCAACCAGCCGACGCAGUCGCUCCGCCGGACCACGCCCAUUGCUGCCGGAAGCCGGCUGGCCAUUAGCGAACAGCAGCUGCAACAGCAGCCGGGCGAGGUCAUGGAACAGCACAAUGGAGGUGGCAACUUUCUGCGACCGAUUGCCUUCAAGCCCAUUCCCUUUGAGCCAGACUAUCGCAUUGCCUCCCAGCAUCCCAAUCAUCAUCAUCAUCAUCAUCAACAACAUCAACAACAUCAACAGCAGCAGCUCCUGCAGCAGCAGCAGCAACAGACGGCGGGACAGCAACCGGUGCCGGGAGAGCGUUACGGCUACGGAUCGACGCCUUCCCUGGUGCCACUUUCCACGGCAGCGACACACAAGUUUGGCAGCACAACGGAUCUGCGUCAUUUGGCGGCACGUCGUCGUGGCCAUCGAGUUGUACAACGCAGCAGCAAUGAGGAUGGUCUUGGACUUGGCCUUGGACUGGAGUGUCUGUCUGGCCAUGAUAGACCCGACGGCGCCAGCAGCAAAAGCAGCGUUGCGGCAGCUGGCAGCGAUCUGACACCUUCACCCUCGGACUCUGGCAUAUCGGAGCUGGAGGCAGCGCUCAAGGAUCGCGACUCGGAGCUGUCGUAUCUGCGACAGGCAAUGGAACAGAAUGAGAAAGAUAAGGAAGUUUACUGGGAGCACGAGACGCAGCGCCUGAAGCUCUUCUAUGAGAGCCAGCAGCGCGAGUAUCAGCUAAAGUUCAAGAAAAUGGAACAAUUGAUGGCCCUUCAACAGUUCCAGCUGAAACAGCACAAACUCCGCCAAUCCGAGCAGCUUCAAAAGUUGCAACAGCAACUCGACCUCACCAGGUGCAACAACAAGAGCCUCAAGAACUCUGAACAGCAACUGCAGAGCUCCACCCUGGAACUCAAUCAGCAGCUGACCGAGGCACAUCAAUCGAUAGCUGCACUGCGUGUCCAGCUGGAAGACAGCGAGUGGAAGGUGUGUGAGCGUAACGGGGAGAUAGCUUUACUCAAGACGCAGCUCAAGGAGGCGCAUCUUGAAAUCAAUAUGAAGGAUCAUGCAAUUGUUAGUUUGAGGCACAGCAAUAACAUUAACAGCAGCAACAACAACAACAAUAAUAAUAAUAAUAACAACAACAACAACAACAACUGUAAGACAAACACAUGCCAAAGUCAACCAAAGCCGCAGGCGGAAGAACAGCAACAGCAACAACAGCAAUAUUUACAACAGCAACAGCAGCAUAAACAACAGCAACAACAACAACAACAGCCACAACAAGAGCAACAACAACAGCAGCAACAACAACAGGCACAACAACAGCAACAGCAACAACAGCAACACCAACAACAGGAGGAAUCAGAGCAACAGUUGCAGCAGCUUAACAAGAUCAUUGCACUAAAGGAUCAGGUGAUUGGAGCACUGACCAAUGAGUUGGCCAAGCUGCGCAAGGAGCUCUCCGAUCUGGCCAUUGCACAUGAGUAUGGCGAGGAGCCGUGUGGCCGUUACACGCGUCUCAGGCAGCAGCUCGACAAUUUGAACGAGAUCUGCCAGAAGACGCGCAAAUACACGGCACAAGCAUCGCAGGUGACGAAACCAAAUGUGGCAACGAUGCCGCAACAUCAACUGGACGCCAUCAUUGAGCGGCUGCAACUGAAUCAGGGCCAGCCGGCGCAACAGACGCUAGAUACCCUCAUCGAGGAGUCCACCACAUAUGCCGAAGACAUUGCCAAGCUGCGCGAAAAGCUCGAUGAUUUUCGCAUCAAUCUCGAGCUGGAGAAGCGUCAAUGGUGCGCCGAGAAGGACAAGGUACUUAGCUAUCAGAAGCAGCUCCAGGCACACUACAUUCACAUGUAUCAGAAGCUGCGUUGCCUGGACAAUGCCACCACCAAUGCAACUCCACCUGUUGCGGUUGCAUCCGCUAUGGAGGUCACCAAUCUGAGCUGAGCUGGAAGUCCCAGUAUUCUGGAGCUGUAUGCUCCCUGUGAGGCUUCCCUAAAUGCACUUUUAUUACACAUGCUGCUCAUCCAUUAUCUACAUUUAAAUAAGUGUAUUUCUCAUAUUCAUGACAAAGUUAUAAGUCACUUUAAGAUAUUCUCAAACUGUCAUCUGUUGCUAAAUAUGCAUUUUAAUUUGCCUAACUAAUGACCUUAUUUCUCAUGCACAUGUUAAAGUUAUCAGCUACUUUAGCAGGCUGUCCACCUGUCUUGAAAAUUUAAAAGCUUACUUUUGUUCUUAUAAAUCACAAAUUCACAGAAACAUUUCAAUAAUUUUUUUGAGUUUUUGAAAACCAGAAGAAAGUAGAUGAAAAUUGUAAGGCUAUUAAGUAUUUAUACUUAACUGGACUUUAGCACAGAUCUGUUCACAUGUUAACGUUCUUUUAUAAAGUUGAACACACUAAUCAAUUCGAAUAUUUCCGAAUUUACCAGCUAAUUUAUAAAUGAGAUUCGCUUAUCUCAUAAACUUCCGCCACAAAUCAUUUUGUGUCUAGGCCGUUUUAAUGCGCUAAUAUAAUCAGUUGGUGCUGCCAGAUCAGUCAUAUGGCAACGAAUCUGGCAAUCU